UGCGGUGCGGGUCGCUCCUCGGGCUCCUGCCGCGGCCGCCGGAGCCGCGCCGCCGCCCUCCUCCUUCCCUCCCCUAUGGAAGAGAUGGAAGAGGAGCUGAAAUGCCCGGUGUGCGGCUCCUUUUACCGGGAGCCCAUCAUCCUGCCCUGCUCGCACAACCUGUGCCAGGCGUGCGCCCGCAACAUCCUGGUGCAGACGCCGGACUCGGAGUCUCCGCAGAGCCGCCGCGCCUCGGGCUCGGCCGUCUCCGACUAUGACUACCUGGACCUGGACAAGAUGAGCCUGUACAGCGAGGCGGACAGCGGCUACGGCUCCUACGGGGGCUUCGCCAGCGCUCCCACCACGCCGUGCCAGAAGUCCCCGAACGGGGUUCGCGUGUUCCCGCCGGCCGCGCCGCCGCCUCCCGCCGCGCUGGCGCCGCCGCCGCCGCCGCCGCGCAACGCGUGCCUGACCUGCCCGCAGUGCCACCGCAGCCUGGUGCUGGACGAGCGCGGGCUGCGCGGCUUCCCCCGCAACCGCCUGCUCGAGGGCGUCAUCGACCGCUACCAGCAGGGCAGGGCGGCGGCCCUGCGGUGCCAGCUCUGCGAGAAGGCGCCCAAGGAGGCGGCCGUGAUGUGCGAGCAGUGCGACGUGUUCUACUGCGACCCGUGCCGCCUGCGGUGCCACCCGCCGCGGGGACCGCUGGCCAAGCACCGCCUGGUGCCGCCGGCCCAGGGCCGCGUCAGCCGCCGGCUCAGCCCCCGCAAGAUCUCCACCUGCACCGACCACGAGCUGGAGAACCACAGCAUGUACUGCGUGCAGUGCAAGAGCCCCGUCUGCUACCAGUGCCUGGAGGAGGGCAAGCACUCCAGCCACGAGGUCAAGGCGCUGGGAGCCAUGUGGAAGCUCCACAAGAGCCAGCUCUCCCAGGCCCUGAAUGGAUUGUCAGACAGAGCCAAGGAGGCAAAGGAAUUCCUGGUCCAGCUCCGCAACAUGGUGCAGCAAAUCCAGGAGAACAGCGUGGAGUUCGAGGCCUGCCUGGUGGCCCAGUGUGACGCCCUCAUCGACGCCCUCAACAGAAGGAAAGCCCAGCUGCUGUCCCGGGUCAACAAGGAGCAUGAGCACAAGCUGAAGGUGGUGCGGGACCAGAUCUCGCACUGCACGGUGAAGCUGCGCCAGACCACGGGGCUGAUGGAAUAUUGCCUGGAGGUCAUCAAGGAGAACGACCCCAGCGGCUUCCUGCAGAUCUCAGAUGCUCUCAUCAGGAGGGUGCACCUGACCGAGGAUCAGUGGGGGAAGGGGACGCUCACCCCCCGCAUGACCACGGACUUCGACCUGAACCUCGACAACGCCCCUCUGCUGCAGUCCAUCCACCAGCUGGACUUCGUGCAGAUGAAAGUCUCCUCCCCAGUGCCGGCCCCGCCCAUCCUGCAGCUGGAGGAGUGCUGCACCCACAACAACAGUGCCACCCUGUCCUGGAAGCAGCCCCCUCUGUCCACGGUGCAGGUGGAAGGAUACAUCCUGGAGCUGGACGAUGGCAACGGUGGCCAGUUCAGGGAGGUGUACGUGGGCAAGGAGACCAUGUGCACGGUGGAUGGGCUGCACUUCAACAGCACCUACAGUGCCCGGGUCAAGGCCUUCAACAAGUCAGGAGUCAGCCCCUACAGCAAGACCCUGGUGCUCCAGACUUCCGAGGACACGCAGUCAGAAGAACAGACCCUCCCUUUUCCAGUGCCUUUGGAAAGAUCGCAGCUUCGUAGAAUGAGUCCUUUCUCCUCCACCCUUAACCUGCAACCCAGCUUCUCGGGGAGAUCCUACUUUGAGCUAAGAUCUUCGGCCCACCAGCUGAGCUUGCAUUCUUCCUUACAGUCCCUGAAUUCAGCCGGAUGCAAUUUUGACACACAAGGAUCGCCUUACUCCCAAUUAGUUGACAUUAAAAAAAUGGUGGCAGUUGCUUGGUUUUCUUUCGACCCCUCCUCUGCCCACGCUGACAUCAUCUUUUCCAACGACAACCUGACUGUCACCUGCAACAGCUACGAUGACAGGGUGGUGCUGGGGAAAACGGGCUUUUCCAAAGGGCUCCACUACUGGGAGCUGUCGAUCGAUCGCUACGACAACCACCCCGACCCGGCCUUCGGCGUGGCUCGCAUCGACGUCCUCAAGGAUGCCAUGCUGGGCAAGGACGACAAGGCCUGGGCCAUGUACGUGGACAACAACCGCAGCUGGUUCAUGCACAACAACUCCCACACCAACAGAACCGAGGGCGGGAUCACGAAAGGCGCCACGGUGGGAGUGCUGCUGGAUUUGACCAGGAGGACUCUGACGUUCUCCAUCAACGAGGACCAGCAAGGGCCUGUGGCCUUUGAGAACCUGGAGGGCCUCUUCUUCCCCGCCGUCAGCCUCAACAGGAACGUGCAGGUGACGCUGCACACCGGGCUGCCCGUGCCCGAGUUCUACGCUUCGCGCUCGGCCAUGCCCUGAGGAUGCUCCCGGAGCCGGCUGCCUCUUCUCGGGAUGAGAGGAGCCAGCCCGUUCCCCGCUGCAGGACAAGGCCGGCCUGCCCAGCUGCCGGGUCCCUGCCCAGCUGCCGGGCCCCUGCUCGGCCUCUGGCCGGAGAUGGGGAAGCAAAUCAGGAAGGAAGAUCCUGGCUUUCGGCCGCCUCCGCUCCCCGGCCUCCGCGCUGUCCUGUGUGUGUGCGCUUCGCUCUUUAGCUCUCCUUGGCUGAUGAAGUACCUAGGUAGCCUGAGCUGUUCUCCUGCGUCCGCUUUUAGGUUUGGUUUUCCUGAUUUGAGUUGGGGUUUUGGGGGGCGGGGGGGCAGUUCCGUCUCACUUUCCCCUCCCGUGGGGCCAGCCCGAGGGACCCCACCACGGGAACGCUUCCGCCCACGCCAGCCUGGUUACUUUGCAGGAUUAUUUCUUUCCCCUGUGGCCUUUCUUGCAGAGCACCCUCGGUCAUGUGUAGAGGUGGGUCCUGGAUUACCAGUCAGUCUCCAUGUCCUUACCAAAACACCCCACUCUGUCUUGUGUCCCCCUGGGGCACCUCUGUGGGGCAGGGUGUGGCCAUCCUGUCCCCAGGUGCUCUGGGUGCUGGCAGGUCCUUGGUCGGGUGCUGAAUGCCCAUGGGGGGCUCUCCAGGGGACCCCCACACCUCGGUGCCAGCACGUGUGCCACAGCCAUAGACCGGAGAGCCCUCGCCCGGCUCUUUGGAGAUUAGUGUUUAUUUUUUUAUAGUUGCCAUAUGAAGCCUAGCCUUAAAUUCAACUGAUAGUGUCCUUCCAAUCACCGGAGAAUUCAUUCUGCAGUGAGGGUCUGACAGAGAGCCCAGGGGUGGGGAUGGGAUGGGGAGGAAGGAGAGCUGGCCACAGCCCUGCCACGCACUCAGGAACACGCGCCUGCUGCCGGCAGCAGUUCCCGUCGGCCGCCAUCCCCUGCUUGACUUUCUGGUAAUCCAGAGGCAGGAGAGGAACGGUGCCGGCCCCGUCGCCGAGCCUGCAUGCGCGUGUCCCCUCGCUUCGCUUUGCGGUCCCCGCGGAGCCGGGACGGGCGGCGGGAUCGUUCCCAGCCCGGCCGGAGCGCCGCAGCUCCGCCCGGGAUGCGACGGGAGCGCCGGCCCAGCAGAAACACAAGUGUAAAUAGCCCAUUCCCUCCCAGCGUGCCCUCCUCUAGGACAGUCCCGUUCAUUCCCUUGUUGCUCUGGCAUUAAGUUUUCCUAAUUUAUUGGAUGGGUGCUAUCUCGUUGACUCCCGCCGAGGAGUUCCCCCCAGCUGCCGGAGAGCCGUGUUGCGGGACAACGCCGGGCAGCUCCUUGGUGGAUUCCUGAGGAGCCCCCGUGGCCGGCUCACCCGGGGCUCCUCUCUCAGCCGUCAUCCCCCGUUCUUUAGGGUGUUCAUGGUGCUUCUUAGAGUCCCAGUGAUUGUAAGACGUCGUCCCCCCGUUGCGCGAUGGUAGCUGCACACAGCCGCUGUACUGACGAGAAGUGUCAUGUUUGCCGUUCUAAUAAAGGACUUUUACCAGAGAAGGGCAGA